AAUUUUCUUCCACUCCAGCUUCUGCAGAUAGCAUCUUCGAGCAUCGUGAUAAUGGAAGUGAAUAGAAAGCGUGGGUCUAAUCUUCCCAAGGUCAUAUGGAGGGUUGAAAUUUUGAAUGCGGUGGAUGAUACACUGUCUCAGUCUGAUGAUGUCAAUGGAGAAAUAACAAAGGUCACUUGGAGGAUUCAGAAUUUCUCCAGAAUCAAAGGCAAAAAGCUCUACUCUGAACAUUUUACUGUUGAUGGCAACAAAUGGCGAAUAGUUAUCUACCCCAAGGGGAACAAAGUGGAUCAUUUGUCAAUUUAUUUAGAUGUUGCAGAUUCAGCAACUUUGCCUUCAGGAUGGCUUAGAUUUGCCCAAUCCGGAUUUGCAGUCAUCAACCAAAUUGAUCGUAGAAAUUCCUUAACAAGAGGCUAUUGAACCCAAAGAGCCCACCGGUGAAGAUAUAAACACAUUCUUCACUAGCUUAGAGUCUGAGCUUUCAAGCUAUGUCACUGUUUAUUCUAAAGAAGAAGCAAAGGAAGCACUGGCUAAAUUAGAUGAAGCCAUGAAUAUGACCCCUGUUGAUUUUUACAAUUCAGGGCAGUUUUCUUCACUUAAGCAGGUGUUCAAGAUCCUUGCUAGUUUUAAUAGGUCCUCUACCAUCCUUACAGUUGAGCAAAAAAAUGAGUUGUUGGCGGUGGAGGAAAGCUUGAAAGAACUAGCUGAUCGAGCAGCGAAAGCAGUGCAAGACAAGAGCCGACUUACUGAGAAGGAAUCAAUCAAAUUGACGAUUACUCGUAAUUUGGAUCGUAAUAUAAUUAGAUAUAAGGAGGUGGAAUCAGAGGUGAAACAGGUAGAGCAAAAACUUGCAGCCCUGUUGGCUGAACGAAAAGGGAUAUUCAUAAGUUCCAAGGAAAUGAAAAAGGAGUUGGAAGAAUUGGGAAAGGAGUAUGAGGGCAAUGCCAAGGCAGCUGAGGAGGAAGAGAGAACCGUUGAGGCAGAAUGGGGAAGAUUGAAGGAUUUCAUCUCUUCUAUAAAAGCAAAAAUCUAAACUUUUAUGGUAUUUUUUGGUGGAAUUAAACUAUGUAAUGAACCUGCUUCUGGUUUAUCUGUGUAUGGAACUCUUGUUUAAUUGCUA